GUAGUUGAAACAAGUCAAAACAACAUGAACUGUAAAGAAAAAUUAAAACAAAUUCCCAAAAUGAUAUUCUAUGUGAUUUUUGUGGGAGUAUCGGUGCCAUACUAUAUACAAUUAUCGAAAGGUUUAUACAAUAAUUUCUUUGCCACAAAUAUAACAUUCAAUUUAGAUACAUUAUACCUUAAUUGGAAUACCUCAUUUCCGGCUGUUACCAUAUGUGAACUAUAUAAUGGUGAAAAAGUAUGGGAUUUAAGUGAACAAUAUUUUGGUACCGAACAUGAUAUGCGCUUGGAUGAUGUGGUGGGAGAAAUUGUGUAUUUUCAUGGUAUCUGUACCUCAUGUGAUAUUUGUGAAAAUCAAAAUUUAUCUUGUCCACAAAAUUUUACUCAACUUUUGAAACAGUUUCGUACUAACUGCACGGAUUUAAUUAUAAAUUGUAAAUAUCAAAAUAUUUUCUUUGAUUGUUGUGAUGAAUUUUAUCCCUUACAUACGGAAUAUGGUGUUUGUUUUGCCUUUAAUUCCAAUCAAGCAAGAAAGAAAUACGAUGUUGAAUAUGCCAGUAAUCGUAUAGUGGGUGUAGGUUAUUUAACUUUUGAAGUAACGACCGAUGUUCAACUAUAUGUUCAUUCACCCGUUGAAAUACCCUUUCAAAGUGCCGAUGGCAUGAUAAAAGAAACGAUUUUAUUGGGCUCCAAUAAAGAACUAGUUAUCAAUGCCAUGGAGGUAUAUAAUCAUCCAAAUUUAAAUAAAAUCAAUUAUGAAGAAAGAAGAUGCCGUUUUCUACAUGAACUUACAGUUCUGGGCAAAGAAUUAAAAUUGUACGAAUUUUAUAGUUUCUCAACAUGUACAGUGGAAUGUGUUUUUGCUAAACAUUUAAGAUUGUGUAAUUGCAGUAAUCAUUUUUUGGUUAAAGAAGAUUCACCCUAUCAAAUGUGUGAUUAUGAAGGUUUAUUAUGCCUAACGGAUUAUUUUUACGACAUAUCGGAAGAACGUAGACUAUGCGAUUGCAUGAGUCCUUGUGAUGAACCCGAAUAUAAUAUUAUCUAUAAUUCAGCAGAUAAUAUAAAAAAGAAUUCGGAUAUAACAAAAAUUAAAAUAUCACUAGCAGAAUUGCCAACAACUCGUUAUGUGAGAAGAGUUAAUAAAACAAAUCUAGAUUUAAUGAUUUCUAUAGGAGGUUUGGCCGGAUUAUUUUUCAAUGCAUCAUUAAUACGUAUUGUGGAAUUAAUAUUUUUAAUAUUAGACUAUAAAUGGAAAUCAUGGAAGAAAUGUUGA